AUGAAAUUAAAAAAUUUUUUCAUUUCUUUGUUUGAUUUUCGUGAAAAUGAUUCCUAUUCUUUAAAAAUUCUUAAAAUUUUAUUAAUAACAUCAUCAUUAUUAUCAUUGGGAAUAUUUACAAUUUUUAGACUUGCUAAUAAUGAUAUUUCAACUAAGAUUGAAUUUAAAAAUAAAGAUGAAGAUUUCGACUUAGUACUUCAUAUAUCCUCUCUAAAUGAUUUUAAUAUAUCAACAACUUCCAGUGAAUGUUUAAAUUAUGUGAAAUAUAUCAACAACACUUCUGACUUUCCUUAUAUAUCGGACAUAGAUAUAGUGAAAUGUAUUCCUGAAGGAGAAACUAUUUAUAUUGACCUCAUUAAUCUUAAUAUUACUGAUCUUUAUGAUACUCUUAUGAAUUUUUAUUCUGUAGGAAAUUAUACUAAGAGAUCUAUUAAAAUUGCAAACAAUUAUUAUUAUGAUAUAUAUUUUAAAAAAAAAAUAAUUCAAAAAUUAAUUCAAAAUUGGAAAAGUUAUCUAGGAUUAUUUUUAGAAUAUGAUAAUGAAAUUAAAUGGGAAUUUAAUAGUUUAUCUACUAUACCAAGUCUCAGUAAUAUGACCACACUAGCUAUUAGACCUUAUUCUCCAAUUCUUGAAAUAAUUACAGAAAUAAAAAUUUAUACAGUAAAUAUAGUGAAAUGUAUUCCUGAAGGAGAAACUAUUUAUAUUGACCUCAUUAAUCUUAAUAUUACUGAUCUUUAUGAUACUCUUAUGAAUUUUUAUUCUGUAGGAAAUUAUACUAAGAGAUCUAUUAAAAUUGCAAACAAUUAUUAUUAUGAUAUAUAUUUUAAAAAAAAAAUAAUUCAAAAAUUAAUUCAAAAUUGGAAAAGUUAUCUAGGAUUAUUUUUAGAAUAUGAUAAUGAAAUUAAAUGGGAAUUUAAUAGUUUAUCUACUAUACCAAGUCUCAGUAAUAUGACCACACUAGCUAUUAGACCUUAUUCUCCAAUUCUUGAAAUAAUUACAGAAAUAAAAAUUUAUACAUUGGUACAAUUGGUGGUAUUUGGAGUUUGA